UGGUCACACUGCUUUGAAGACCACGUGCGAACAAAAUGAAAAAUUGGUAAAAGAAAAUGUCGGAAACUUCAGAAGACGAUCAAGCGCAGCUGCAGACAAGUGACGAGGAAGAACUCAGUGGCGAGGAGGAAGACCAGAUAGAGGAGUCGGAAAACGAGGAUGAUGACAAUGAAGGGGAAAGCGGCGACGAAGAUGAGGAUGUGGCCGCUGGCUCUGGGUCGGACGCUGCUGCACCAACUGAGGAGGCGAAGUUAACAUGGAAGGACCUUGGUCUGAAUGACACGCUGUGCCAGGCAUGCGAAGAGCUGAAGUGGAAGGCGCCGUCGAAAAUUCAAAGGGAGGCCAUACCAGUGGCUCUUCAAGGCAAGGAUGUGAUUGGCCUGGCCGAGACAGGCUCUGGCAAGACAGGAGCAUUUGCCCUGCCCAUUUUGCAUGCGCUGCUGGAGAACCCGCAGCGCUAUUUUGCGCUGGUGCUAACGCCCACACGUGAAUUAGCCUUCCAGAUUGGCGAGCAGUUCGAGGCGCUUGGCAGCGGAAUUGGCAUCAAGUGCUGUGUGGUUGUGGGUGGCAUGGACAUGGUGGCCCAGGGCCUGCAGCUGGCCAAGAAACCGCACAUAAUCAUUGCCACACCGGGUCGCCUGGUGGACCACUUGGAGAACAUGAAGGGCUUCAAUUUGAAGGCCAUCAAAUACUUGGUCAUGGACGAGGCAGACAGAAUACUCAACAUGGACUUUGAGGUGGAGCUGGAUAAGAUACUGAAAGUGCUGCCACGCGAGCGUCGCACAUUUCUGUUCAGUGCGACAAUGACAAAGAAAGUGAAGAAGCUGCAGAGGGCUUCAUUGAAGGAUCCCGUCAAGGUGGAGGUCUCCAACAAGUAUCAGACCGUGGAGCAGCUGCAGCAAUCGUAUCUUUUCAUACCCGUCAAGUACAAGGAUGUCUAUCUGGUGCACAUACUCAACGAGCUGGCCGGCAAUAGUUUCAUGAUCUUCUGCAGCACCUGCAACAACACUGUGAAGACGGCUCUAAUGCUGCGUGCCCUGGGUCUGGCGGCCAUUCCUCUUCAUGGCCAAAUGUCGCAGAACAAGCGUCUGGCGGCGCUCAACAAAUUCAAGGCCAAGAAUCGCUCCAUUCUCAUCUCCACAGACGUGGCCUCUCGCGGCCUAGACAUUCCGCAUGUCGAUGUGGUCGUGAACUUUGACAUACCCACCCACAGCAAAGACUACAUCCAUCGUGUGGGUCGCACAGCUCGAGCGGGACGCUCGGGCAGGGCCAUCACCAUUGUCAGCCAGUAUGAUAUCGAGCUGUAUCAGCGCAUCGAGCAUCUGCUGGGCAAACAGCUGCCGCUCUACAAGUGUGAGGAGGACGAAGUGAUGGCCCUGCAGGAGCGCGUGGCUGAGGCGCAGCGCACGGCCAAGCUGGAGCUGAAAGAUCUUGAGGACACCAAGGGCGGCAGGGGUCACAAGCGCGGUGGGGACAAUCACGAUGAUUCCGAACACUUUGCAGGCGCGCGGAAGCGCAUGAAGCCCAUUGGCAACGGUGCUGGAGGGGGUAAGGGCAAGAAACCCUUUGCCAAAAAAAACUGGACCAAGGGAAAGCAGAAAAGAUAAUACAUUAAAUUUUAGUUAUUUAAUUAGCGUUAUACUUGUCAUAAAUUUCGGAAUACAAAGAGAAAAUAUUUUA